GGAGAAUUUGGGGGCUACUCUGGGAGAGCUGGGGGGGACAGGAAUGGGCACCCACGGGGCAGGUGAGAGCCGGGGGACGCGGCUGAGACCCCUGAGCCUCCUCCGCUGCCUCCGGGCCCCGCCGGGCAAGGAGGAGGUGGCACAGGACAGAUCCAGACGCGGUUCCACCUUAAGGUCCCGUCCGGGUGCGGGACCCCGGCUGCCCCCGGUGGGCAUCCCCAGUUUCUUUUUCCUUCCUUGGGCUUUUUCGGACCCCCCCCAAGGGGCCGGGGAGCGGCUGAGCCCGGGGAUAAAUCAUUCCCGCUCCUCCGUGCCCAGUGAAGGCUCCGUCCGGGAACGAGGAGUUUCCUCCCGGGCGGAGACAAUGAUGUUAAAAAAGAAAAGGAAAAAAAAAAAAAACCAAAACCAAAACAAAAAAAAAACCCAAACACAACAAGCCAAAAAAACUCCUUUGCACUCCUCUGGAUAAGGAAAUUCCUGCCCAUCGGACUUGUCCUCGAGGGGUGGAUAAAUAGCCGGGAGCCAGCUGCAGCUGGGGCAGGGAGUGGGUGGGUGGUCGUGCUCAGGGUGGGGGCUUCAUUCCCCCGGGGGGAGGUGUUGAGGGAGCAGAGAUCUUCGGGGCGUUUGGGGGGGGCUCUGUUUUGUCCCACCAUGGCCUUCAGCCAGCUGAAAUUCAAGGAAUUGGGCGAGGAGGAGCCCACCUGGGAGGAGGAGAACCUGGACAGCGUGAAGGCGCUGACAGCCAAGCUGAAGCUGCAGACCCGCAGACCCUCGUACCUGGAGUGGGAAGCUCGGGUGAGGGGGCAGCGCUGGGGGGCUCGGACCCCCGGGGGCACCCGGGGGACAGAGCAGAGCCCCGGACAGCUCAAGGAGCAGCAGGAUGGUGGCGUUUGUGGCUUUGCCACCAUGGAGGCGGCUCUGGAGUGGCUCAGGAUGGAGCUGAGGGAGAUGCAGGCUCUGGACCAGCGGCUGGCGCAGCAGCUGAUGCGGCUGCGGGCGCGGCUGCACCGGCUGAAGGUGGAGCAGGCCUGCCACCAGCACAAGGAGAUGCUGGACGACGCCACCUUCGGCCUCGAGGGCUGCGAGGAAGACUCGGAUCUGCUCUGCACCAUCCCCCCCAAGGCCGCCUUCCUGCUCUCCACCCCGCUCAAGCACAUCGGCGUCACCCGCAUGAACAUCAACUCCCGGCGCUUCUCCCUCUGCUGAGCCGCCCCCGGAGCCUGCGGGGGAGCCUCGAGGGAGUUUUGGGGUUCAAAGAUCCCUCCCCAAAUCUCUCAGCACUCGGGGCGAUGGGGCACGGGAAUGUCACCAUCCCCAGGGGACACCGGGCAUUUUGGGGCCUGGCCCUGAGGACGGUGGGGUCAAGCCCGGUUGGAAAUGUGGGGAGUGGCUCUUUGAGGAGGAAUAAAAGGAGGUGAGGGUGCGA